AUGAAUCUGAUUUCUGAAAGUUUAGCUGCAGAAUUAAUAAGCUUCAAGGCCGCCUUAUCAUACGAAAUUCGAAACAAGAAGACCAUACACGACUUAGCAACGUAUUUUAUAACAGAAAAUAGAUUCCUUCUGAGCAGUCUUCCCGAUGUACGUUCGUUGUUCCAAUUAUUUUUACCGUUACCUGUCUCGUCCGCUAGUGCAGAAAGGUCGUUUUCGAAACUGAAACUCAUUAAAACUUAUUUGCGGAGUACUAUGAGUGCAAUAAGACUUAGUGAUUUGGCUAUAUUAGGAAUCGAGCAUGAUCGUGCCCAAAAAUUAAUGCGCCAAUAA